AUGGGGCAUUGCAGACCCUUUGCAUUCCUCUUGAGCUUGCCUUUUGCGUUCGUCUCUUUGAUACUAUCCCUUCUUGGAGCUCUUCUUUGGAUUGUCGGGAGCAUAUUGAAUUGCAUCUGCCCCUGCUGUUGCAUGUGUUGCACUGGAAUUGCAAAUUUUGCCGUCAGCCUCGUCAAACUCCCGUUCAUGAUUAUGGAGAUGUUCAUUGACUUCAUUCCUUGUUGA